AUGGAUUCGGACGAGGAACCGCCGGCGGCUGUUGCGAACGCCUUCUCUACGACGGUGGCUCGUGGUGGGUCGUCGUCGGUCAUUUCCCGACCACUGCUGCCCUCGGGGGUGGGGUGCAGGCGCGAAUCGGACUCACUGGCAGAGCUCUGUGCGCGCCUGAAGCGGAGAUACGAGGGCUUGUCGAGGCUGCCACCGCAGGUUCCACCUGUAGUUUGCUUUUGCGUCGGCGGCAAGGACUUCGCUGUGUCGCGCGCGCUGUUGGAGAAGGACCCUGGCUCGCUGCUGUUUUCCCUUGCAAGGCAGCACUUCUGUAGUACGUCAUCUGCUACGGGGACUGCAGACGCGAGUGCCCGUGGACGCAAGCGCUCUCGUGAUGGCAGUGACGAGAGGAUGACUAACGCUGUCGUUUCAAUCCCGGAAAGAAACGCGCGGCUCUUCGGCAUGCUGCUCAACCUUCUACGUGGAUACAAGAACGCGAUUCCAGAGGACUGGAUGGACUCGUGCCGUGAGGAGGCCGCAUACUACGGCCUGUCAGGCUUGUGGAACUCCCGGUUCCACAUCACGUCGUCGCAGUACUACUUUCGCAAUCCCCUACACAACUCAAAGCUGAUCUCCGAUGCCGUGCUGGGUGUUGCGAGCGACUUCUUCAGCACGGGCCAGCAUCACAUCGACUUCAGCGUUUCCCAGUGUGAUCGUGUGGCUGUCGGGAUGAUUAGCUCAAACGUCGGCUCCUCGGAGGACCUGGCCACGCCGCCGCAUGACGGCAACAACGGUGCGUUCUAUUGGAACGACGGAAAGCUGUCCUUCUACCUUGGUGAACCACGGGUGGUCGAGACGGGGCUCCCGUUCCCGGCUGGCGCGAUCAUACGGAUCAUCUUUGACGCCGAUGAGCGCAUUGUUCGCUGGAUUGUGAAUGGAGAGUACUGCGUAGCGAUGGAGCGCUUGCCGGCAGGGCGCCAGUAUGCCUUUAGCUCCAUUGCCGCCCGAAGCUCUCAGGUGACCAUUGUGCCAACGUAG